UGUGCCAUUUUUUGCUAAAAGAUAAGCUGAGAAUGGUGUCAUGAGGGGUAAAUUUAAAUAAUGGCCCGAGGUUGCCUUCUUGUAGCUGGCAUAUUAUUGAUGUUUUAUAAUUAUCUUCCUUCCGAAACAAGGAGAAAAUUUGAUAAAUGUUAUCACCCCAUAUUUAACAAUUUUAUUCUCUGGCUAACUUUUAGAUCAAAUUUAAUUAAACAGGAUUCUUCCGAUAUUUGUACACUAUAAUGCUCGAGCAAGCACUAAAAGAUCGUAUCUUGGGUUUAAAUAAUGACUAGUCCACCUUACCCUCUUGAUUAAAGGUCUAAUCGCAUUCUAGAAACUACAACUUGUCUUCAAAGAACUGUAAUUUCUGAGCUCAGAAAAACACUAAUAUUUAACUUUUUACUAUAAAAUUCUGAUAAAAAUAAUUUACCAAAAAUUCUAAAUGUGUGCAAUCUCGACUUAUUCUCCGCUAAGUCUGAAAGAAGAUGCACAGGUUCGAGACAGCUUUAGACUUGAGAUUUCGUACUAAAUUUGCUUCCCUAGCUAGGAGCAAUCAGAAUCUGUUAGAAUUGGGUUUUGCUAAAAAAUUUCUUAAUUCAUAAAUACUUGCAAACUUAUAAUAAUUUUGUUCCCAGGGUCUUGAGAAGGAGUACAAGCUCUUACCUAGAUGAAAUCAAAGAAAUUAAAAAAUCCUUUAAAUUUUAUCAUCAAAAGUCGAUAUGUAAUCAAAGUGGUAAUUUGGAAAAUAGGCUUUAAACAGCACCAUCUUUAUUUAUAGGAACAGAGAAGUCUAAUAAUGACCCUCUGCAACGACUGAUUAUCAGAAAUGUACAGCAUGAAGUCAAAAUCCCUUUCCAACAAUGGAAGGAUUGCCCAUUGUAACCCCCAUCGAUAGCUAUUUUCCUUUUUUACAUACCACCCUUAAAAUCUGGCUCAAAAGACUCAUCUCUACUAAAUCUUAACCUAGCAGCUAAUCUACCCAAUUUAUACCCCUAACCUGGGGCUGGACUAAUGCUGAUUCCCA